AUGACAUAUACACAUAGUCAACAAAAUACACAGGAAUUCCAACAAGCAGGAACUUCUUCGCAGACAAUUGAUCCUGAAAAUUUGAAAACUUUUAGACCACUUCUAAUCUUUGUAACUGGAGAGAAAGUAAGCGAUUCAAUCAAAACCUUAAAAAAUGCAGGACUACCUCAAGACUCCUUCUCAGUCUCCAUUUCUAAGGUACUACACUCCAUCCAGGUUAUGAAACAAAUUGAUUAUGACAAAGUCAAGUUAGCGCUGAAAAGCAACCAGAUACAAUUUUAUUCAUUCACUCCAAAAGGUGAAAAGCUAAAGUCCAUACUCUUAAAAGGUGUAAGUGAGGAAUAUACUACAGAGCAAGCACUAGAAGACUUACUUAGUAGAAAUAUUCCCUCAGUUGAAAUUAAAAAAGUCACCGAGCUUAAAUUCGUACAUGAUAACCAGGAAAGAAGACAUUUAAUAGUAAGUAGCUUGAAGGAACUCUUCAAAAUAAAAAAUGUAUUACACAUGAAGACAAGAUGGGAACGACUGCGGAGAAACAAGCUUCUUCAAUGUAGAAGAUGCCAGAGAAUUGGACAUACGGCAGCGAACUGCGAGAUGCUCUUUAGAUGUGUUAAAUGUGGGGAAACACACGAACCAGGCAAAUGUCUACUCAACACAGCGACAUCAAGAGAAAAUUUUAAAUGUGCAAAUUAUGGUAAACCUGGUCAUCCAGCAAAUUAUACCGGAUGCAAAUAUAUCAAAUUUGCACACCUUAGUAAAAAAGCUGAGCUCCAAAGCAGAAAUAAAUCGCUUGCUAAGAAGAUUGACCAAGUAACCGGCAAUUACUUCCCACCUAGACAAUUCUCAAAUACUGCUGCCCAGCAAAAAGAUGCAUUCCCUCCUCUACCUUCCAGGAAUCAAGCUAAUGGAAUUAUACAAAGAUCACAACCAUCUCCUUGGCAAACUUCUCCGCCCAUAGGAGAAAACGCCCAGCCAGACUGGUUAGCGCAAAUUAAAAAUGAAAUUUGCUCCCUAACAAAUCAUUACCUCUUAUCAAAUACAUACAGCAUAAUUCGGACUGAUCGCCCCCUCCAAACAAGAAUCAUCAGAUACCCAAGUUCUAAUAAGAAUGAAUUACUGGAAUUUACUAUAGUACAACUACUAACAGAAACUUCACCAACUACAAACAUUUUCAUCAUCAGCUGCUAUACAACCAACUCAAACAAAAGAAUUUUUAUCCACGAGCUUAACGACCUACUACAACGCCUUGAUCUAAACAACCCGAAUAACUCAUUCAUCCUAGCUGGCGACCUAAACGCCCGCAGAAUAGAAUGGAGUGAUUCAGAUGAUAAUCAGAGAGGGAAAUUCCUACGUAACUGGGAAAAAGACACCCUGGCAAAAUACCGCGCUAAAAUCUACUCUACGGAAGAAGCUUCGUUCACUCCGGCUAAGACCUUUCUAGAUGUCUGUAUCACGGAUCUGAUAAUCACCAAUCUCACAUCUAAUGGAAAAAUUAACACAGCAGACUAUGACAGUGACCAUAGAGCCCUGCUCUUUACAAUAGUCCUACCAAGCCAUACGCAACAAGACCACAUCCCAAAGCCUUGCCGUAACAUCCGAGCGAUUAAAUGGAAGAAGUUCGAGAAAAUAGCCAACACCAACUACACCCAAGACAUUCCGGCAGAUCGAAAUCUAUCAAUACCUGAGAUUGAUAGCAACAUCACCGUCUUAACAUCAACUCUC